AUGAUCGACGGCAUGAGAUUUAUUCUCGCAAGGAGGUGGAACUCUGUUCUCUCUAGGCCAAAUCGUCUUUUCACGAGCAAGAAAUCUAUUCUUUCAAAGAAGCCCGUGAAAGAUAUACAGCCGAAAACGCCAGCGAGGACUCGGUUUGCCCCUUCUCCCACGGGCCUACUGCACAUUGGCUCUCUGAGAACUGCUCUUUACAACUAUCUGCUGGCCAAAAGUACUGGUGGCAGCUUUUUGUUAAGACUCGAAGAUACUGAUCAAAAUCGGUUAGUUCCUGGGGCUGAGAAGAACAUCUACGAAUCGUUGUCAUGGUGCGGUAUACAUUAUGAUGAAGGCCCUGGUGUCAAUGAUAAGAAGAAUGGUCCGUUCAGGCAAAGCGAUCGUACGGAAAUUUAUCAGCAGUACACGAACAAGCUUCUGGACUCGGGCCAUGCGUACCGCUGUUUUUGCACCAAGGAGAGGCUGGAUGGCCUAAGGGAAAGUGCCCAAAAACUCCAGCCGCCUACAACAGCUAGCUAUGACCGGCAUUGCUCACACCUCUCGGAGGGGGAAAUUCGGGAAAAAUUGGAUCAAAAAGUCCCUUUCACCAUCAGACUCAAGUCGCCGGAAAGAUACCCGCCGUUCGAGGACCUUUUGCACGGGAAGCUUGAUAUGCAGCCUCAGGUCAACCCUAAUGACAGGCGUUACGAUGACCCCAUUUUGGUGAAAUCAGAUGCGUUGCCAACUUACCAUUUUGCAAACGUUGUUGACGACCACUUGAUGGAUAUUACCCAUGUUGUGCGGGGAGAAGAGUGGCUUCCUUCAACGCCCAAACACAUUGCGCUUUACCACGCAUUUGGAUGGAACCCACCCGAGUUCAUUCACAUUCCACUUUUGACAUCUGUUACCGACAAAAAGCUGAGCAAGCGAAGGGGCGACGCCGAUGUUAUGGCUCUUCGCGCAAAGGGCGUAUUACCGGAGGCUCUGGUUAACUUCAGUGUUCUUUUCGGGUGGUCGCCUCCUCGAGAGGAGGCCGCAAAAAACCACGAAUGCUUCAGUCUCCCAGACUUGGUUCGGCUAUUCAACCUCAACAGCCUUACGAAAGGCAAUGCGAAAGUCGACGAGAAAAAGCUGUGGUUUUUUAACAAGCACUACCUGACGCUGCGGCUUCAAAAUCCUGAGGUGCUCGAUAAAAUGGCAAAUGAGCUGCUUGGUUCAAUGCAGUCUUUAUACCCUUCGGUUACCGUUUCACAGAUAAGGAGGGCAUUGGGACUGGUUGGGGCCUCACUGAACACUCCAAAUGAGCUUGCUACGGACUUUCCCUAUCUGUUUUCCAAGCCCCAGUAUGAGCGCAAUCAAUAUGUCAGGGAAUUCAUACAGAAGCAAGACUUGUAUCAGAUUAGGGCUUUACUACAGAAGAUGGAAGGCAAAAUGUCCACAGAGAACAGUGUGCUGACGGUAAUCGAGAGGCUCUCAAGGGACAAUGGUAUUCGUAAGAACGUGGUUUUUGAAGCUGCGCGGUUCGCGCUUACAGGCUCCGUGCCAGGUGUGAAACUGCCGUUGCUGAUUGAAUUUCUGGGUGCAGAGGAGGCUAAUCUCAGGAUUUCAGAGGCACUCGACAAGCUGGACUCGGUACUGUGCCUGAAGGGCGAGGAAUAG